AUGGCAGAAGGCUCCCUCAGGCUAGUAAAAAGAAAGCGCCCGCCUGCAUUCCCGCAUCACCCUGCAGCAAGAGGUCAAUUUAACCCUUUGAUAUCUCUCCGUGAUUUAACAAUCUUCGCAGCAAAGAAGCUCAAGCAAGACUGGGUCUUCAAUGCUAAAAUCAAAAGUAAAUGGAAGGUGGAAAAACGCAAGAUGGCGGCAGCUAAUCCAGGAGACGAUAAAGAUACGCAGGAUGUUGAUUCGGACAGUAGUGCACCUAGCAACAUUCAGGAUUCGAAGGAUCAGUCGCCCUUCCUCGUGCCUCCAGCGCCCGUCUCAUGUACAAAAUCUAUUUCUCAAAAAGUCACUACUUCCGAGCAAACGACAUCCUCACGGCCAUCAAUAUCUGUCCGUGAAAUGAAGCGGAAUGCAUACUCCAAGGCCUCUUUGCAUAGCUAUAAAGCUGACCCACUUAACAAGAGAAAGAGCGGGGGACAGUUUUCUACAAGGAAUCGUGAUAGGAAUGGGGGCAGAGGCAAAGGACAGCCGGACAUGAAGUUGCGUAUGAACGCGAUGCUGGAGAAAAUCAAGAGAGACCUGGUCUGA